CCCGCCCCGCCAUGGCGGGUGUGCGACGCGCCUGGUUCGCCCUGGGGUUCAGCACGGAGGAGGCGGCGGGGCAGGGGGAGCCCGAGCCAGGCCCGCGGCGGCUGGAGCCGGGCCCCGGGGGGAUCCGCCGCCUCUGGCCCGCCUGGAGCUACGUGGUCGUGGAGACCGGGGCGGGCCUGGAGGUGCGGAGCGCGGGGCUGCGGCAGCCGCUGCCGGGCUGGGCCGAGGCGCUGCCCUCGGAGACUCACGUGGUGCUGCGGGGCGCGGGCUCGGCGGGCGUUUGGGCGCGGGCGGCGCUGCGGGGCGGCCUGCGGGACCCCCCGGCCUGGAGCGCGGCGCUGCCGCCGGGACCCCCGCGCCCUCUGCCGCUGCUGCCCGGCGGCUUCGCCACCCCGCGGCCGCCCUUCUUCACCGCGCUGCCCGCGGGGCUGCGCGCUCGGCAGCUCGCCCUGGGCAACGAGCACGUCCUGCUGCUGGCGGCCGGCGGGGAGGUGUUCGCCUGGGGCAGCAGCAGGCACGGGCAGCUUGGUCACGGGACGCUGGAGUCAGAGCUGGAGCCGCGGCUGGUGGAGGCUCUGGCCGGAGUGCCCCUGCAGGCGGUGGCAGCUGGCGGGUGGCAUUCAGCCAGCGUUAGUGAGGGAGGAGACCUCUACAUGUGGGGCUGGAACGAGUCAGGGCAGCUGGCUCUGCCCUCCAAAGCGCUGGCGGAAGAGCGGGCACAGGCGGAGGACAUGGGUGCAGGGGACACAAUGCUGACACCCCACGAGGAGCAGCCGGCCGCCGAGCCUGCUGCGUUCAUUACCAUCCAGGCAUUCCCAGCACUGCUGGAUCUGCCACAGGACCUGGAGGUCAGCAGAGUCAGCUGCGGGUCCCGGCACACGGCCGUCAUCACACGCCGAGCCCGGCAGCUGGCCAUGCUGCACUGUGGGCGCUGGCAGAUGGGUGCUGUCUCAUUCGCAGGAGGCGGCGAGCUCUACACCUGGGGCUGGGGUAAAUACGGGCAGCUGGGGCAUGAGGACGAUGCCAGCUCUGACCAGCCACGCCGUGUCCAGUUCCUGGUGACCGAGGGGCUGUGGGCAGAGGAGGUGGUGUGUGGGCCCUGGACCACCUACGUCUGUGUGCUGGAGCCAUGAGGACCCCACUGCUAUGGCAAGGAAGAUGAGAAAGCUCCACUCCAGCCCUAUGGCGGGUGAAGGUGGUACAGCUGCCACUGCUCCGACACAUAUGCCAUAAACUGCUGCCCCUUCACCAGGAACAUCCCCUCGUGCUCCUGCUCCCAGGCUUGGAUCCGGCUUUCCAGCUCCUCCUGCAGCUGAUGAGGACACGAGGGCAGUGUAGAGAGGCUGCCCUCCCCAGUGCAGGCAUCCCCGUGCCCAGAGAUUCCCCUUGCUGGCUCCGAGGGCUGUGCAGCUCCUCAGCCAACGCCAAGCAGGCCUCUUGGCACUACAGCUUCUCCAGGGCUGAGCUUACCUUGGAAAGCACCUUCUGCAGCUUUGCUCGCUGCUUCUCUUCUUUCAGCAGGUUCCCCCCACGGUUGGUGAAGCGACUGGGGUCGGUUGCUUUCCUCUGGGACAGAAAGGAGUUCAGGAGAAAAUCAAACACAUGGUAGUUU